AUGGGAGCUGAUCAGUAUUCUGGUAUCGUGAACAGCCCUGUCGACCGAGUUUGCAAUGUGACUGAGCAUGAAGCAGGCGCACUCCUCAGCGUGGACAAGGGGAGAACUUCCAAUAGUCCGUCGAACACCUUGAAUGGAACAGAGCACGACACCAUGGUGUACAGACUGAACGAGCCGACCCAAGAGCUAGGAUUGGAACAACGCAGUCACGAGCCCGCCGUCUCCGAUGAGCUCACGAAGCGCAUACCAAAGCUGCCGCUCAGUGUGGAGGCACCCCUGGUACCAAUUCUGGAAACGGAGUUUUCUACAGCGACGGAAGCGAUGCACUCAAACUCGAGUGCGUUGACCAAGAACACGAUGGAACAUGCAGCUCCAACGUACCACUCACCGCCACAGCGACGACAUGUUAUGUCUCCCGAUGGGACAAGUCAGAGGCCUUUCUCCACUAUAGGAUCUUCUGUGUCUUCCUUUAACCCUGUCCAGGACAGGACCCCGCCCCUUCGAUGGACUCACAAUCCCAUUACCAGCACACCCGUUGUUGGUAAGGUUUACUUCAUCCCUGAUGGUGGUUACUUUCCUGCCUCAGUCAUUCACAUGCAGAAACAGCAAGAAGGCUUCUUCAAACAUCCAGUACUUGUCACUGAUGUAGAUCAUGACUUCGCGUACUUCUAUGCUCUUACUAAAUCUCCACCAGCUGCCAUUGGAGAAAUGGCAAUGUGCCUACGCAUGGGCAAUAGUACAGCAGAUGAAGGUGUCUACACAUUAAGACUGGCGAACGGCUCACUCCCCAUGCAGACCGAGACAUGGAUGAACCUUGAACAGCGCUUCUACAUCGAGUGUGAGAACUUGAAUGAUUGGGCGAUUGAUGUUCGUAUCGAUACGGUUGAUUUGUGGAAGCUGUGGAGGCGCGUACAGCAACUUGAGGCACGCCAGAAUCGUUUCCUCUACAAGCCGCUUCCACGAGACAUGAGUUUAUUGCAGCCUGGAACGGUCGUCAUGUUGUUGAAUAAUCCGCAAUCAUCGACUCUUGGCGCCCCUGUCCUCAUAGUGGAAAACCAGUACCCUUACCUCCGCUAUCUGCGCGUCAAAGAAUUUAGCGACAACCCUCACUUCAACCCAACAUCACGGCGCACUACUGGAAAACCUCGUCAUCUGUGUUUGGAAAUCUGCAAGUACCCAAAAUGGGGACAUGAUGGCACACCAAUCAUGUUGGUCGAGUCUGAUUCCCCGGAGAUGCGCCCUACUAUACUGUUUGACGGCUAUGGCCACCCUUAUUCGCACAUGUAA